AUGGGCUCUUCUGAUUCUAAACUUCAAUUCAAGACCAUGUUUUCCAAGCUGGGAGAAAAUUAUAUAAAACAUAAUGACCACAAUUUUUGGAAGAUGUUGUUCAUUCAGCCUCUUUCCAUUGAUGAUAUUUUCACAGUGAUUUCUCCGGACGAUAUUCGCUCGUUAAGAAAGGUACAGCCAGCAAAUCUUGGAACGAUCAUUUAUAAGUGUAUUGAACAACUCUUCCUCUUUUCUCAACCCAAAAACUUCUUCUCUGAAAGCACUAGUGCCAAAAACUCGCUUCAUCUCCUCACCAGAAUUUUACCUUUUGUUUUUGAGCAUGAUGAUGAUGGUUUUGUGAGUGAUCUAUUCUUCAAUAAUGUGUUACCAGGUUCAGCCAAUUUGUUAUCUGUUGUUGGUGGAGCAACAAGCAGCAACCAACAAGUGAUUGAACAAGAAGAAACAUCCACCAAUAACACUGAACAAGCUUCAUCCACCGAAGAGCCUGCAACAACAACAACAGCAUCGGAUCAAAAAACUGAAACACAAACGCAACAAUCAACAUCUGUUUCUUCCGAACAAAUUGAACAAGUCAAACAAGAAAUUGAUCAACUAAAACAAAAGGUGGAAGAAAAAUUAGAAAAUAAUAAUUCAAAUACUCCCUCUGAACCUGCCAAAAAGGAUGAACCUCCAGUGGAGCCAGUAAAGGAAGCUCCCAAAGUUGAGGAACCUAAAGAAACUCCAAAGCCUGUUGCUGAAUCAAGCUCAGGUAAAAAGAAGAAGAAAAAGAAUAAGAAAAAGAAAGGAGUCAAAGAAGAAGAAAAGACUGUAGAAACCUCUGUAUCCUCAACAGUUGCUGAAUCGAAUGCUGAAGAACAAUCAGAGACUAAUGAGGAUGCUUCUACUGAAGUAACAUUGUCAGAAUCUCCUGCAACUGUUGGUGAUGAGCAAUCAACAAUUUCUCAACAAGAACCUCAACAAAUAGUAGAGCAAGAGGAGAAGAUAGAAGAACAGCCAGUUGAACAGACUCAAGCUGUCUCUGCAGAGACAACAAACAAUGAAGCUUCUGUAUCCGAUGAGAAAAAACCUUUACCAAUUUUGAAAAUUGCUGACAUGAAUUUGACUUCUUCUCUUGCUGAAGUAAUGUUGCAAACGUUAAUGAGAUGCUUAUUCCUUCCUGAUUUCACAGUUCCUUUAGGUCAAUUCAAUGAAGAUAAUUAUAUUUCAUUGAAAUCAGAUUCCUUGGAUGAAAACGUUUUAUGGCAAGUUGGUAUGGGUGUUCCCCUUACUAAAGGCCUUCGUUCAGCAUCUUGGGAGCAAAUGGAAAACAGAAACGAUAUUUUGAGAUGCCUAUUGACAUGCUUCUCAAGCGUUCUAUAUCGUGAUGCCGAGACAUGUAGCGAAUAUGACAACAAGUUCCUAUCAUUAGCUGUCUCUGAUAGAAUGCCACAUGUUCAUAACUUGGUGUACUCUCUGUUGAACUUUGUUACUGCAUAUGAUCCAAGAGGAUCACUUCCAUAUUCUUCUCAACUUUUCACUGACCACUAUACUCAGUAUAUUGAAACAUCAUUGCAUGUCUUGUCUGUGUUGUUACAACACAAACCAAAGGGAUAUGCUAACGUUUAUCACACAUUUUUCCAGCAAUUUAGACACACAUUGGACAUGACUCACCUAUACAGUAAGAUGACAUUACUUCUUAGAAACGUUGUUGACUCACAUAACACCUAUCUACCUAGCUCACAAAAACUGAUCGAGUUCUAUGAGGAAGUCUUACUUCUUUUGUGGCUUAUCCUUGGAGAAGCUCCAAUUUUCAGAACAUUUGUAUGCAAGGAAUUGAACAUCACUGAGCUACUCAUUCCACUUCUUUUCAUUAUUCAACUUCACUGCAAACAAGUCACAAAGUUUCCAAUUGUACAAUUGGCUGCUUUCACAAUUUUGCUAUUGAGUGGAAACAGAGAAUUCGGAGUUGCUCUCAAUCAUCCAUACAAAAUUUCAACUCCUUUGGAUGUACCUGUUUUUGAAGGCAAUUUUGCUGAUUUACUGAUUUUGUUCUUCAACAAGAUUAUGGUCAGUGAUAAGGGAAUUAUUCGUGGAUUGUAUGAUUGCAUGCUAACAAUCAUUGCAAAUAUUUCUCCGUACACAAAGUCACUAAGCAUGCUCUCAAGCGUAAAGUUGCUAAACUUAUUUGAGGCAUUUGCAUCACCAAGAUUCCUUUACUCGAGUGAAAAGAACCACCAAUUUGUCGCUCUGUUACUUGAAGUUUUUAAUAACAUUAUUCAAUAUCAAUAUGAAGGAAAUGUCCAUGUCAUUUACUCAAUUUUGAGAAGAGGAAAAUUAUUCAAGGAUCUCACUCAAGAUCCCGAUUUAGAACCAAUCAAAGCAGCAAUUAUGAAGAAACAUGAAGGCAAACAAGGAGCCGAACAACCAUUCAUACCAACUCACGAAUGGGUACAAUCAUGGAGACCAAAACUACCACUUUACACAAUCACAACUCUUAUUGAUACACUUACUCCUGACGUUGAAAAGAUCUGCUCACAGGAAUAUGCACUGAAGAGGAUGUUAUUGUGUAUCUCAAAAACACAACUCUUGUUGGUUUAUUGCCAGUGCCUCAUACCAUCAUAA